UCGGCGCUGCUCUCUCGGGAUGUCGGGACUGGCCUUCGCAGCUCUCGUUCUUUGUCUCCACAUAACGGCGGGUGAGUCCCAGCAGUUUACUACUAUCGUUGAGCACAGCGAGAUAAAUGUCGCCGUUGGGGGUACGUCGCCAGCUAGUAGCCCCCAAACCUCAGCGACCGUCACUCUACGUGUCACUGGUGAGUCCCAGCAGUUUACUACUAUCGUUGAGCACAGCGAGAUAAAUGUCGCCGUUGGGGGUACGUCGCCAGCUAGUAGCCCCCAAACCUCAGCGACCGUCAUUCUGCGUGUCACUGAUCCAGUGGCAGUGACCGGGGUUAAUGUGGUGACCAAUAAUUCCACUCCCCUGGUAAACCUCGAUACCAUCGCACUGAGUUGUGACGCGUCGGGCGCUGUUCAGACACGGACAUGGUUCAAGGAUAACCAACCCAUCCAGGAAAACGGCAGAAUAUUUACAUUUCCCGACAGGGCGAAACUGACUAUAAUCGGUGUGAACAGAAAUGACGCAGGGACGUACAAGUGUAUCGCCAGCAACUCCAUCAGCAGUGGCGCUGGAGAGACCUACGUGCAAGUUUACUAUGGACCAGAGAAGGUCAGAAUUGUACCGGAGCGUCCAGUUGUGUCCAAUAUUGUGUCAAACCUGACAUUAACUUGCUUUGCUCUGUCAGUCCCCUGGGGUAUAUAUGCAUGGUACAACGGGAACAAUCUCCUGCAGACAGGGCAGGAACUCACCCUUGUGUCAAUGAGCUCGGUUAACGUGGGGUGUUAUACAUGUCGGGUUACUAACGACGUAACCAAGAGGAGCAGUAACCUCACUGUCCAUGUUACCGCACAAGGUGACUGAAUGAGUCUCUCAUUUCUCCGUGUAAACCCGAUGAUCAAAGAUCCAAACCAUUUCCCUCUCACUCUCUCCACACUCCAUACAUUGUCUCUUACUUGUAAAUGGCUGAUCAGAUUAAAGUAAUAAUCGAUUUAAAAGAAGACCCUGAACGACAUCACGAGCAUUGAACCAAAAGUAGUGAAUAAAAAUGACUUCGCCAUUCACAAGCCACCCACUAAUUUAAAUUCAGAACUUCCGUGAGAACGGAUGAAUUAUAUUCCUGGUUUGAGAACACCGUGGGUAGAAACACAAGCACAGCUCGAAACCGACAGGGCAACAUCGGGGGAGAUGAACUGUAGAGCAGUGAUGUAUCAGGAUUUCAGUGAGGUGUUGGACCAGGUUCCCAACGAUGAGAUCAUUCGGAAAGUCAGGAUUCACGGGGCCGAGAGAAGCUUGGCUGCGUGGGUUGAUCGGUUACAGAAGGAACACAGUAGUAAUGGAUGGCAGGCAUUCUGCGUGGGCGUCAUACAGUCAGAAAAUGUGGAAGAGCCGCGACUGGGUUUUUUUUUUAUCUUAGUGACAAAUUGAAUGACCAUUUCCAGUAGCUGAAUUGGCGUUCAUUCAUUUUACCUUUCCUGUUCACCCCUCUCCGGAAGCAGGUGAUUCCCAGAUCUCCUUGCGCGGUGAGUUGAACUCUAUGUUGUCUUUAUCGAUUACAGACGAAUGGCAUCGACAUGAUGUCAGAAUAUUGGACCAAACCAAUGUUCAAUGUCGAGACAGCGUCCGGAACGAUUCAGAGCGUGGAUCAGUCACCAUUUCUGAAAAAAAUAAGAUGUGUUUUCGCAAUGUAAGAUUGAUGUUUGUUUUCUGUGUUAGGAGCAAAAACAGAUGAAAGUUGUACCCUCACCUCUGGCGCGAUGGUGGGCAUUGUACUUGGCUUCAUUGGCGUGGGCCUGAUCGGCGGAGUCAGCGGAUGGUUGAUCGCGAGGAAAACGGGAGGGAUCAAAGAUCCACCGCAAUCCAAACUCGAUACGAGCAUCAAUUCCGGAAGAACAAGCCCCUUGGACACAGAGACCGUGAACGCAUCACCAAACUACGAAAACUUCCCAAGGAAUGAACAGGACACAAGUAACAAUGCAGAAGAUGGAAACUCCACUUACACGAUGACGUCACUGGUGAAUAGAAGAGGACGGUUGGCCGGGAAUUCACACAUGAGACGGACAACCCUCGUGGAAGAAGCCACCGUUCAAAACGUCUCUCACUUUUGAUCUACAACCGUUAUCCAUGUCUCCGUCUUUUGUCUCUCCAGUGUCACAUUAUCGCUUUAAGAACUGUUUCUGCAUUAUCGCUUUAAGAAUUGUUCAAGCUGCCUCACAGCAGCCAACUUCCGUUUAAGUUAGUCGUUUGUUUACU